UUUGCUGCUUUAAAAGCAGAAGCUCGUGUCACCGGGACCUUUUGAAGAGAGCGGCGGCCAUUGUUCAUGUUAUUAGUAACAGCGCCAAAAAUGCAUGUUUUCCAAAAAAGGAAAACAAUACGGAUGACACGCGUCACGAGUCAAUUUAAAAGACGAGCGCGUGACCUUUCGACUUCGACUGGUCCUCGUUGACCUCAUUGACCUUGUUGACCUCGUUGACCUCUGUGUUCGGAACCGACUCGGAGCCCUGCAGGUUGGACCUCCGGCUGGACGAGAGCUCCGACGUUCCCAUCCUGGAGGACGGGUCCUCGUCCCCCAUGGACUUCCCCCAGGAGCAGUGGCCGGUGGGGACGGACCUCCAGAACAUCGAGAGGUGCGUCGUCCGCCUUCCGCUUCAUCGCCAUUCAUUCUGACGCCUCGUUUUAAACCGCGUUUCUAGAAGAAGAAAAAAACUGCAGACUAUCCACUGGAAAAAUACACUGGAUUUUGAGUUGAUAUAUGUCCUCAUUUAAGAUGAUUAUUAAAUAAAAUGUAAUACAAAUUGUCUUUUUUUAAUGUCCACUUCCUGUCGAGCUGGCCCCAUGAAUGCUGCUUGGUUAAAUUUUGUAGCUGUUUUUUAAACACUAAAUGAUGAUCCUUAUCAAAAUAAAUGUUUUAACGAACAUGUCAACGUCAGCUGUUUUUAUUGUGAAGCCUUUUCCCACCAAUACAAGAAAUAAAGAAGCUUCUACAUUAGCAUACAAGGCAUUAACAUGCACUAAUAUUCACUCACGUGCACUAAAUAGCAUUAACAUGCAUUAACAUGCACGAGUAUACACUCACAUGCACUAAAAUGCAUUAACAUGCACUAAUAAACACUCACAUGCACUAAUAUUCACUCACAUGCACUACAAUGCAUUAACGUGCACUAAUAUACACUCACAUGCACUAAAAGGCAUUAACAUGCACUAAUAUUCACUCACAUGCACUACAAUGCAUUAACAUGCACUACUAUUCAUUUGAAUAUAAUUUCAUAAUUGUCUGACAAUAAUGAUCAUGAUGUGAUUACGAUGCACACAUUCUUAACGAAUAUAACUAUUACAUUUUAAAUAAUUUAGCUAUAUUGAGUUGCUUUUAAAGUCACAAUCAUGAGCUAUAAUCGACUAAAUCUAUGUUGCUGCUCACUAUACGUGCAGCUGAGCAGCGUGUGUGUGUGUGUGUGUGUGUGUGUGUGUGUGUGUGUGUGUGUGUGUGUGUGUGUGUGUGUGUGUGUGUGUGUGUGUGUGUGUGUGUGUGUGUGUGUGUGUGUGUGUGUGUGUGUGUGUGUGUGUGUGUGUGUGUGUGUGUAUCUGUGCGCGCGCGCAUGAGAACCACCGUGUCUCUUUAACGGAGGCUUCCUCAGGACGGAGCGGGGGGGUGGAUGAGUUCAUCGGGUUCAUGUAGUAUCGCACGCCGCCUCAUCCCCCUCCAGGUCGGCUCGCCUCCCCCGGACGCCUCGGUGAACGCGGGCUGGUGAUGGAACAGACGAGCCCUGACCUCCUCCUCCGGGACUCAGACACUCGGACCAGCCGGUGACUCCAGACUAGAGCUGCCAUUUUUUUUUUUUUAGGUCAUUCGAGGCAUCCGGCUAACUUGUCUGCGGUCGCCCGGUGGGGAUGGAGGGAUCGCUUCGUACCAGCGGAAUCAUAUAAUAUCGAUCAUGAUGGCUGAUGGGUGUUUCAGAGGGAUGGAUAGAGGCAGGGGGAAGAUGGCAGCGGAUGCGUUCCCGAGACCCGCGUACCCGCAGCACUACGUCCAGCAGCCCGGACCGCAGCAGCAGCAGCCGGGCAGCGACAUCCAGGAGUUAGCCACCAAGCGCGUGGACGUCCAGAAGAAGCGCUUCUACCUGGACGUGAAGCAGAGCGCGCGCGGCCGCUUCCUGAAGAUAGCCGAGGUGUGGAUCGGGAGAGGCCGCCACGACAACAUCAGGAAGAGCAAGCUGACGCUGUCCAUGUCGAUGGCGCCCGCGCUCCGCUACUCCCUGGGCGACUUCAUCGAUUAUUACGCCCGCAUCGGGCUGCGGGGGGGCCUCGCGCCGCCGCCGCUGGAGGAGCACAGCGGCGCGAGCGGCGCGAACGCUCAGGGCCGCGCGCGCGACUCCCGCCGGAGGGCGCCGGAGCCGCCGCACGCGGGGCCGCCGCCUUCCAACGGCUCCGCGGCGACCGACGACCACGCGCACCGCGUCCUCAAGAGCGAGUUGAUCGAGCGCGACAACAGGAAGUACUACCUGGACCUGAAGGAGAACCAGCGCGGCCGCUUCCUCCGCAUCCGGCAGACCGUCAGCAGGGGACACGGCACCAUGGGCUACUACGGCCAGGGCAUCGAGCAGAGCAUCGUGCUGCCGGCGCAGGGGCUCAUCGAGUUCCGGGACGCGCUGUCGCAGCUCAUCGAGGACUACGGCGACGAGGAGAGCGACGACCGCGGCGGCGACCGGACCGGGUCCAGGAACCACCAGAACCAGAACCGCGACGACAACCCGGAGCUCCCGGAGGCCGCGUCGUUCCGCGUGGACAACAAGCGCUUCUACUUCGACGUGGGCUCCAACCGCUACGGCGUCUUUUUGAAAAUCAGCGAGGUGCGGCAGCCGUACCGGAACACCAUCACGGUCCCCCUGAAGGCCUGGGCCCGGUUCGGGGACAACUUCGUCCGCUACGAGGAGGAGAUGCGGCGGAUCUUCUCCUGCCACAAGGAGAAGCGGAUGGACGCGCGGCAGGACAGCGAGGAGCCGGAGGACUGACCCCCCGCCGGGCAGGAGGCUGAGCUUCAUCCAUGUGUUUUAGGGACCGUGUUAAUGAGA